AUGGCCGAGGCUCACGAAAUCUCAGUCAAAGUGGCUGAGGCUCAAGACACCAUGAUGAGAGUGGCUGUAGAAGGCUGCGGACAUGGCACGCUCAACGCCAUCUACGAAGCACUCGACCAGAAAUGUGCAGAGAAAGGAUGGGACGGAGUCGAUGUACUCAUCAUUGGAGGUGACUUCCAGGCUGUUCGCAAUAAGCACGAUCUCAAUGUUACAGCUAUGCCCGCCAAAUAUCGCGAAAUGGCCGACUUCCACGAGUACUACAGCGGAGCCAGAGUUGCGCCUGUUCUGACCAUAUUCAUCGGCGGUAACCAUGAAGCAUCAAACCAUCUAUUCGAACUCUUCUAUGGCGGCUGGGUCGCCCCCAACAUCUACUACAUGGGUGCAGCAAACGUCCUUCAGAUCGGCAACCUUCGUGUCGCUGGCAUGUCCGGCAUCUGGAAAGGCUAUGACUUCCGCCGACCACACUAUGAGCGACUGCCCUACAACAACGAGGAGAUGUAUGGCAUCUACCAUGUCAGAGAACUUGACGUGCGAAAACUCUUGGCAAUUCGUUCGCAAGUCGAUAUCGGAAUGUCGCAUGACUGGCCGCAAACCAUCGAAUGGUCUGGAAACUGGAGGUGGCUGUUCAAGAAGAAAGAUAGAUUUCAGUACGAUGCUGAGAAUGCGAAGCUAGGUAACACUGCAGCCAAGAUGGUGUUGGACCGGUUGAGACCAAAGCACUGGUUUUCUGCUCACCUUCAUAUCCGGUAUGAGGCCACCUACAACCACAACGAUCCCGAAGGCAUCCGGACCAAGGAUGGAAAACUCAUCCCUCAGGGCCGCCAUAAAGAGCAGCUCUCUGGCUGGCACGAUUUUCAGGAGUCUGCUAAGGUCGCAGAUGCCGAAGAGCAUAAGCAAUACCUGGCAGAACAACAAGAGCGGCGAAAAGAACGAGAAAAGAACGGAGGGGAGGCCGGACCAUCGUACACCUUCAACGAAACAUUCAAACAAGUCACGGUCAACGACGAUCUUAACAGAGACGUCAAUGUGGUUGAAAAGCCGAUGCCGACAACAGAAGGAAUCCCACAGCUCGACGGCGGCUGCGUUUCGCGACCUGCAAAACGAUCUAGAGAGCCGUCCGGGUCUCCAGAGCAACCUCCUCCCGGUCCCCGAUCUCCACGAUUCGAAGCUCUGGACGCAAGAUGGCCACGAGACAUGGCAUUGGAGAAUUCUACGUCGGAGCAGCUGCCAGUGCAGCCGCAAAAGGCGCCUGUGGCGAAGAACCCUGAUGAGCUCGAUCUUGAACUUUCCGACGAUGACUCGACCGGGAAACUGCUGAAGGCCGCACCGAUCGCUAUGGCCAAGAACCCAGAUGAAAUCGAUCUGGACAUGAGUGACGAAGACGACACAAUCGUCAAGCCACCUCCAAGAUCAGGCAGCCCUUUCCCAACACUCGGUAUGCAAGCGCAGUCCAGGAAGUCUGACCUUAGUGAGGAUGGCGGAGCUCCAAUCACUGGCUCGACUGGACCGAGCAAUCCCGUCGCUCGUAAGUCGUCUGCAGAUAGCACAAGAUCCUCACUCGAUGCUUCAGCCAAGGAAUUUGUGCCGCAGCAGCAGAAUGGUCAUACCUCGCCCCGUCCGAGCACAGAAUCAGCUCUUCGGCCAGAAGCUGCUGAAUUCGUUUUGACUGAUUACACAAAUGCGAAUACUGCCGACGAGGACGCCGUGAUCAUCGAUGCUCCAGCCGUACCUGACGACAUCCAAGCGGAGCUCGAAAACAUAUCUAAGAUCUUCCAAAAGCCUGUCGAGGUUGACAAGUCUCCCGACCUACCAUUUCCCGAAGAGAUCACAAACAAGACCACCCAUUUCCUUGCGCUCGACAAAUGUCUCCCUGGUCGUCAUUUCCUGGAGCUGCUGGAAGUCGAGCCUCUAGCCGCCACGGCAAAACUUAAUGAGGUCACUGCCAUCGAGCGACCGGUCAAGCUCCGAUACGAUCCAGAAUGGCUUGCAAUCCUUCGAGUGUUCGCACCUGAAUUGCAGCUCAGCGGCAAACGAGAGGAUCCAACUCCUUAUCACCGCGGCGAUACCUACUACGAUCAGCGUAUACUCGAGGAGCGCAAAUGGGUCUUUGAGCACAUCGUCAGCGAAGGCAAACUCGAGGUGCCCGAGAAUUUCGAGGUUACCGCGCCUGUCUAUGACUCCGAGAUCCAUGUCGAGGAAGGAGAAAUGCCACGAGAAGUGACCAACCCACAAACCAGUGCCUUCUGCAAGCUCAUUGGCAUUGACAAUCCUUUUGACAUCAGCGAAGAGGAGAGAGAUGCCAGAAUGCUUGCUGGGCCUAAACCUUCUGAAGAUCGAGGCGGCUGGGGUGGUCGAGGCAGAGGUCGUGGCAGAGGCCGUGGCGGUCACGGUGGGCGCGGGCGCGGAGGUGGCUUUGGUCGGGGUCGGGGUCGUGGUGGCAGCAGAGGUGGACGUGGCCACUACCUCAAUCAUUGA